AUGGUGAGUAAAAAUAAUGUAACCGAGUUCAUUUUCACUGGUCUUUUCGAGGAUCCAGAGGUACAGAGAGUGUGCUUUGUGGUGUUUCUUCCCGUGUACUUGGCCACGGUGGUAGGCAACGGCCUCAUUGUUCUGACGGUCAAAGCCAGUAAGAGUCUGCAUUCCCCCAUGUACUUCUUCCUUAGCUACCUGUCCCUGGUGGAAAUCAGCUAUUCCUCUACUAUUGUCCCUAAAUUCAUCACGGACUUACUUACCAAGAUUAAAACCAUCUCACUGGAGGGUUGUCUGGCUCAGAUAUUCUUCUUUCACUUCUUUGGGGUCACUGAGAUCCUCUUGCUUGUGGUGAUGGCUUAUGACCGCUCUGUGGCCAUCUGCAAACCCCUUCAUUAUAUUAACAUUAUGAAUCGUCAACUGUGUCAUGUAUUAGUGGCUGGUUCCUGGCUUGGGGGCUUCUUUCAUUCCGUAAUUCAGAUUCUCAUCACCAUCCAAUUGCCCUUCUGUGGUCCCAAUGUGAUUGACCACUACUUCUGUGAUCUCCAGCCAUUAUUCAAGAUUGCCUGCACUGACACCUCUGUGGAGGGGGUUAUUGUGUUGGUCAAUAGUGGCUUAAUUGCUCUGUGCUCCUUCCUCAUCUUGGUGACCUCCUACAUUGUCAUUCUGGUCAACUUGAGGAACCAUUCAGCAGAGGGAAGACACAAAGCCCUCUCCACCUGUGCUUCUCACAUCAUGGUGGUCAUGUUGUUCUUUGGACCUGCCAUCUUCUUCUACAUGCGACCCCCCACAUUCACUGAGGGAAAACUGGUGGCUGUGUUCUACACAGUGGUCACCCCCAUGCUGAACCCCAUCAUCUACACACUCAGAAAUGCAGAGGUGAAAAUCACUAUGAGGAGGUUGUGGGGCAAAAAGGAGAACUCAGGGGUGGAGUGA